AUGGCGAAGUCGAAGAACCAUACCAACCACAACCAGACGAGCAAGGCUCACCGUAACGGUAUUAAGAAGCCCAGGACGAACCGUUACCCUAACCUCCGUGGUGUGGACCCCAAGUUCCUGCGCAACCAGCGCUACGCCAAGCACGGUUCGGAGAAGGCUCUGCGUGAGGCCCGUGCCGCUGCCAAGUCAUCGGCUUAA